UACCAAUGUUCUACAUCGCGGCUAUACAAACUCGACACGGUCUAGCAAUGAUACAUACUAUCCUGGUAUCGCGCAUGAACAUCGACCUCACUCUCGUGUGUCAAAAUUGGAUAAUAGAUUCAUCGGUCCAUCGAAAUUCAAAAAGGGCGAUCAAGUCUGCAUUUCCGACGGACGAUCUCCACCGUCCGCGGUUUUCGAAAUCACCGAGCUUCGUCCAGGAGAAAGGUACUGGCAGUACCGUUUCCAGACGAGCGCCUCCCGUUUCGAAUCCGCAGCAAGACGUCGCGAUAACGAAUGGAUUUCAGAACCGCAGCUCAGCGCUGCGCCUGCUCAUUUGCUGCCACUCCUGCGGCCUCAAGAUGCAUUCCUACUUCAAGGUGCCAUGACGACCGCCCGGGGUAACAGUUCUACGAGUCAACGACAGUCCUCUCGACGAGAACAGGUUGUCCGAGAAGGGAGCAAACUAGAUAAUUCUUUCGACCUGUGGUAGACUUUACAUGGAACGCGAGAACAUCGGCCUCUCAUUCAUGUCUACUCAAGAUCAGGAGAAGUCUCAGUACACUAUCCUGUGUGAUCUCCAUCGUUCGGGAAACGACGCGUUGAGCGGCAUGACUGAAGACAUUAAAGUAGCACUAUAGAAGAACUUGGUUCUACGGUCAUUGAACCGGAAGACCAAGAGUCCUACAUUGUUCUACGCCGUGAACUCUGGGUAAUUCUGGAAGGAGCUGUGCCGGGCAUACAUACGUAGUCGUGACGCAUAUUCCCGCUGCCUUUGGACUACGGCACGAUUAUGACUAUCCACGGUGUGGGCAUAGUAUCCCGAGUUAUUACAGCAGCGCUCGUAAGACAGUUUAGAGAAGUAUAGAAACGCCUGUAAUCGU